AUGGGAAACAGUGGAAACGUUAUGGGGAAUUUCAAAGGCCAUGCUCUCCCUGGAUCCUGCUUUUUUAUCUUGGGGAUUUGGUGGACUAUAAAGUGCAUUCUGAAAUAUGCCUUCAAAAAGCAGAAACGGACUUCUUACCUUGAUUCCAAAGCAUUAUUCCAUCGAAUUGAAAUUUUGGAAGGAAUCGUAUUAGUUGGAAUGACUUUAACUGGCAUCCUUGGAGAACAGUUUUUACCUGGAGGACCACACCUGACCUUGUAUGACUACCAAGAGGGUCAAUGGGUCCAACUCCUGAGCUGGCAGCAUUUUACCAUGUACUUCUUCUUUGGGCUGCUGGGUGUGACAAACAUCUUAUCUUCUACCAUCAUUUCACUUCCUGCCUCCUUUAGCAAGUUAAUGUUAUCAAAUGCUUUAUUUGUGGAGGCUUUUGUCUUCUACAAUCACAUUCAUGGCCGGGAAAUGCUGGACAUCUUCGUGCACAAGCUUCUGGUCUUGGUCGUAUUUUCAACAGGCCUGGUUGCUUUCAUGGAGCUCUUCAUACAGGCCAAUAUAACUGUGGAACUUCUGCGGACAAGCCUUUUCCUGCUUCACGGAAGCUGGUUCUGGCAGAUCGGGUUUGUCCUUUAUCCUCCCAGUGGAGGUCCUGCAUGGGAUUUAGUGGAUCAUGACAACGUUAUGUUUCUCUCCAUAUGCUUUUGCUGGCAUUAUGCAACAGCCAUUAUCAUCGUUGGAGCAAUUUAUGCCUUUGUCACCUGGUUGGUUAAAUCUCGAUUGACGAGGUUCUGCCCCUCAGAAGUUGGACUCCUGAAAAAUGCUGAACGAGAACAAGAAUCAGAAGAAGAGAUGUGACUUUGAUGGGCCUCCAGUCUUUUUGGAUGAAAUUUUUCUUCUAUUAUUAUUAGUCACAGUUUUGCCUGUUCACCUUUUGUUUGGAAAACAAUUGGUUGAGAAUGAUUCUUGGUGUCAUGGUGUUGGGGGCUUGGAGUGGCUUCCCUCAGGUUAGCUAAAGUGUGAUGCCCACAUUCUGAAACAUAUUUGUUUUAUUUGCCUUAUAGAUAUAUAUGCUUAAGGGUCCUGGGCUUACUGUCAUUUGUAACUCAUUAUAGAUGGAAUUUCAAUUGUUUUAUCUUCUU